UAGAGAAGAAAACAAACUUCGUCGUUUUGUUCAUCUGUUUUUCUUCUCCAACCUGAAACUGAGUGAGGUCAGGUAACAACUGAAAAUGGGUGCGGUGGAAGACAACAUCAAUCCGCCUGAAACGACCCCGGAGAACAUCGAAGCCUUGCUUGAGGCUGCAAGAUAUGAUGACAUGGAUGAUGUUGUGAGCAUAGCUUCCAACGGUGUUUCUCUUGAUUCCAAAGAUGCUCAAGGAAGAACAGCUCUUCAUAUGGCUGCAGCAAAUGGACAUAUUGAUAUUGUGGAGUAUCUAAUUAGUAAAGGAGUGGAUCUUAAUUCAGCAAAUGAGGAAAAGAAUACACCUCUUCAUUGGGCGUGCCUCAACGGGCAUAUUGAAGUUGUGAAGAAAUUAAUCAUGGCUGGAGCAAAUGUUAGUGUUUUAAACAGUCAUGAGAGGACUCCAAUGGAUGAAGCUGUGAGUAGGGGCAAGCUUGAAGUGAUGGAUGCAAUUAAUGAAGCAGUUGCACUUGUUGAACUUCGUGGCGCUCUGGUUUCUUAAUAGGAAAGUUAAAGUUUAUGGUACUCAAAGUAACUUGUAAUAUGAAACUUAGGUGAUAGUUAUACCUGUCUUCAUGUGGUGUUUUCUUGCUCAGUGUCAAACAGGAUCAUGAACUUGCUUCUCCUUCCAGUUUCCAGGUUGGAAAUCCUUUUUGGUAAGUGGACUUGAGGCAUUGGCAUUCUGUGUACCUAAAAGUGAAUUAAGUUGAUAAUUCUAAUUUUGAAGCUAAUUAUGUAGUCUGUAAAUUCAGUGAAAUAUCAUACAUCAAUUCUCUAAAUGAUUAUUUUUAUGGUUAAAAUAUAUUUUUAA